UAUUUUCAUAGGUUGAUAUUUUGGCCAAUAAAUUCAACUGAAUAGAAGUGAAGGCUUAAAUAUUGACGAAAGAUGUACAUAGAGGGCAAAUCUUAAGUAUUUCAGUAAAGAACUGAACUACGGAAGAAUUAUAUUAUUUUGUAAGGACAUUUUAAAUUGAACGACAGACGUGUAGAUUUACACGAUGAUAGUCGCUGUUACUGCAUCGGUUUUCCUUCUACUCAGUUGUUUUGAAAUAUCGAACGCAGCCACAUGUGGUCAACGGAGUUACAACCCUAUCUUCCACAUUUGUUGCAACGGGGUUAUCAGUUCUAAAGGAUCGAAUAGAGCUUGCUGCGGAACAAGGCCGUAUAAUCCUACAUUCCAGAUUUGUUGUAACGGCGUCCUCAGUUCUAAAGGAUCGAAUAAAGCAUGUUGCGGAACAAGGCCGUAUAAUCCUACAUUUCAGAUUUGUUGUAACGGCGUCCUCAGUUCUAAAGGAUCGAAUAAAGCAUGUUGCGGAACAAGGCCGUAUAAUCCUACAUUCCAGAUUUGUUGUAACGGCGUCCUCAGUUCUAAAGGAUCGAAUAGAGCUUGCUGCGGAACAAGGCCGUAUAAUCCUACAUUUCAGAUAUGUUGUUACGGCGUCCUCAGUUCUAAAGGAUCGAAUAAAGCAUGUUGUGGAACAAGGCCGUAUAAUCCUACAUUUCAGAUUUGUUGUAACGGCGUCCUCAGUUCUAAAGGAUCGAAUAAAGCAUGUUGCGGAACAAGGCCAUAUAAUCCUACAUUUCAGAUUUGUUGUAAUGGUGUCAUCAGUUCUAAAGGAUCAAAUAAAGCAUGUUGCGGAACAAGGCCGUAUAAUCCUACAUUUCAGAUUUGUUGUAACGGCGUCCUCAGUUCUAAAGGAUCGAAUAAAGCAUGUUGCGGAACAAGGCCAUAUAAUCCUACAUUUCAGAUUUGUUGUAAUGGUGUCAUCAGUUCUAAAGGAUCGAAUAAAGCAUGUUGCGGAACAAGGCCGUAUAAUCCUACAUUUCAGAUUUGUUGUAACGGCGUCCUCAGUUCUAAAGGAUCGAAUAAAGCAUGUUGCGGAACAAGGCCAUAUAAUCCUACAUUUCAGAUUUGUUGUAAUGGUGUCAUCAGUUCUAAAGGAUCGAAUAAAGCAUGUUGCGGAACAAGGCCGUAUAAUCCUACAUUUCAGAUUUGUUGUAAUGGUGUCAUCAGUUCUAAAGGAUCGAAUAAAGCAUGUUGCGGAACAAGGCCGUAUAAUCCUACAUUUCAGAUUUGUUGUAAUGGUGUCCUCAGUUCUAAAGGAUCAAAUAAAGCAUGUUGCGGAACAAGGCCAUAUAAUCCUACAUUCCAGAUUUGUUGUAAUGGUGUCAUCAGUUCUAAAGGAUCAAAUAAAGCAUGUUGCGGAACAAGGCCGUAUAAUCCUACAUUUCAGAUUUGUUGUAACGGCGUCCUCAGUUCUAAAGGAUCGAAUAAAGCAUGUUGCGGAACAAGGCCAUAUAAUCCUACAUUUCAGAUUUGUUGUAAUGGUGUCAUCAGUUCUAAAGGAUCAAAUAAAGCAUGUUGCGGAACAAGGCCAUAUAAUCCUACAUUUCAGAUUUGUUGUAAUGGUGUCCUCAGUUCUAAAGGAUCAAAUAAAGCAUGUUGCGGAACAAGGCCAUAUAAUCCUACAUUUCAGAUUUGUUGUAACGGCGUCCUCAGUUCUAAAGGAUCGAAUAGAGCUUGCUGCGGAUCAAUGCCUUACAAUCCUACAUUUAAAAGGUGUUGUAAUGGACAUUUGUGCUAAAUGUCCUAUAUCAAGUAAAGCCAUUUUAUGAACAAUAAACGACAGAAGUGAAUGUACUUGUCUGACUUCUUUAUGACAUACGAGUUUUUAAACUCAAUGCAACAUGAACAAAAUAUGUGUAAGUUAUUUUUACCUGCGCCCAUUAAGUAAGUGACAUAUAAAGGAAAUAAGGACAUAAUUUCAUGGUUUAAAAUGCAGCAUGGAAAACAUUAAGUAUAAAAAUAAAGUACUUUUUUUCAAA